UCUUUCUGGUAUUUGGUUUAUAGUUUUCUUCAAGUACUUUUGUUUUCUCGUAUUGAUGUUGUCUUUUUUUCGAUUGUUUUGUUUUAGUUUAUUGUUCUGUCUCUUUUGUGGAUCAAAUCAGUGUUUUUUUCAAUUGCGGUGGUGGUGAUUCCAUAUCCAGUUUAACAUUAUAGAAUUUGAUUGAGUUGGAUUGGUUUCCAUUGUUUGCUUGAGGGUGAAAAAAAUUAUGUCUUUUGUUGAUGGGCAGUCUUCAUUCUCAUUUGUGUUUUAAAAUAAUAAAUAAAACAAUUGAAAUGAUAGUCAUGUGAUCUGUGGUAUAGUUCUGCGUUAAAAUUGUGGCUGAUAUCUGUCGAGGACCACCAAAUAUUUUGAAAUUUACAAUCUCUUGAUAGAUAAUGUAUGCUACUGAAUUAUAGAUAAUGUUUUCUAUCAUUUAGUGUAGUUUUGCUUAUCUUCAUUGUUUGUUCUACCAAUGCAUGGCCUUGUUGAUGGAGAGAUCAAAGGGAAAGGCAAGCCUGUUCCCACUACCAGUUUCUGAAAUUUGUUGAACCUGCUCCUACUUUUUCCCUUUUGAGAUUGAGUCACUUGACAAGUAUGUAUACUGACGGUUAUACUGCUCUAGUUACAAACUUAUCUCCAAGAGCAACAGAGAACGAUGUACACAAUUUUUUUGCUUAUUGUGGUCUAAUUGAGCAUGUUGAAAUAAUAAGAUCUGAUGACAAUGCAUCUACUGCAUAUGUGACUUAUCGGGAUGCCUAUGCACUUGAAACUGCACUAUUGCUAAAUGGAUCAAUGAUAUUGGACCAAUGUAUAUUCAUUUCACGCUAUGAAGCUUACGUAAAUGACUAUGAUGAUUGGGGUAGUCAUGUAUCAAAGCCUGAACACAGUAUUACAAUCUCACAAGAUGAUCGCAUGGAUAAGUUUGUUUCUUCCCCUGGAGAAGCACUAACUCUGGCUCAGGUGGUUGUCAAAACAAUGGUGGCUAAGGGCUAUGUGUUGGGAAAAGAUGCAUUUGUCAUGGCAAAAGCUUUUGAUGAAUCUCAUAAUGUGUCGUCUACAGCAUCAUCAAAGGUUGCUGAACUCAGCAAUAAAAUUGGCUUGACUGAUUCCAUUAAUUCAGGCAUUGAAACUUUUAAAUCUGUGGAUGAGAAGUAUCAUGUCACAGACUUCACCAAAUCAGCCGCAACAGUCACAGGGACAACAGCUAUAGUUGUUGCAUCAGUUACCGGUAAAGCUGCUGUGGCAGCUGGAAAUGCUAUAGCCAACAGUAGGUACUUUGCCAAAGGUGCUCUUUGGGUUUCAGAUAUGUUGACACGUGCAGCCAAAGCAACUGCUGAUUUGGGUCAGAGUGAAAAGAAAUGAAACUCCAAACAAAAACUGCUGCGUUAUAUGUUGAGUCCUUGGACACAAACAAAUAGCAUCAUUUGUUUGUUGAUACUGUAUUAUAAGGCACGAACUUGCUUUACAUGUGUGGCUACUCAUCUGGUGCAAAUGUUCAUAUCAGUAGUUUUUAAGAAUCCAUGGUAAGAAGCCACUUAUAUAUGUGUAUCGUUUUACAAAAUAUGACAGUUUUAAAUUUUAAGCGCCAACUUUCA